GCCAAGGCAUCCGCCAAUGGGGAGUGGUUUUCACAAUCUUUCCCAAACAAAACUUCCUCCAAAGCCACCGUAACACCAACCAACGAUUUUCUCUCUCUAAACUCUUCCAACUCUCUGAUCCGCACGACCCCAAUUCAUCCUCCCAUUUGUAAUUCUUGAUCCAGUUUUGCCUCAGCAACGCAUUUGAGCGAUUUUUGGACCGGAAUCUUGACCGAUUUUUGGGUUUUUCUUUUUCUCUUUCUCUUUGUGGACUCCUGAUCUCUGUCUGGAACUCAUUGUCGGUGGUGGUUCGGGUGAUGCGAGCUUAGAUUUCAUGGUGGUAUUUGGCCGCCAUGGAUGGUGGUAGGCGUCUUCCUGGGGAGCCUGUGCUAGGGUUGUUGUUGUCGUUGAUGUUGUUGUUGUUGUUCUCCUUCUUCUUUUUGUUCAGUUGUCGUGGCCGACGAUGACUACCUGAAGGAAGCUGCAUAGAGGAUGAUGCAGCUUCACUUCUCGCCUAGCAUGAGAAGCAUCACGAUCUCGACCAAUAAUGGAUUUAUUGAUUUCAUGAAGAUCAAGGUUGCAGCUCGCCAUAUCUCUUACCGGACCAUUUUCCACACCUUCCUCCUCCUCGCAUUUCUCUUGCCUUUUGUCUUUAUCCUCACUGCCGUCGUUACCCUCGAAGGCGUCAAUAAGUGCUCCUCCUUCGAUUGUUUAGGCAGGCGGUUGGGACCACGGCUUCUUGGUAGGGUUGACGGUUCAGCGAGACUUGUCAGUGAAUUUUACAAGAUUCUCAAUCAAGUUAAAACCGAGGAAAUACCCGAUGGGCUAAAGCUGCCAGAUUCUUUCACUCAAUUAGUUUCAGAAAUGCAGAAUAAUCAAUAUGAUGCAAACACCUUUGCUAUAAUGUUAAAGGCAAUGAUAGAGAAAUUUGAAAAGGACAUUAGGGAAUCUAAGUUUGCAGAGCUGAUGCACAAGCACUUUGCUGCUAGUUCCAUUCCAAAAGGCAUCCACUGCCUAUCUCUUCGUUUAACGGAUGAAUAUUCGUCAAAUGCUCAUGCACGCAAACAAUUGCCUCCUCCAGAGUUACUUCCUUUACUUUCAGAUAACUCUUAUUACCACUUUAUUUUGUCAACCGACAACAUUUUGGCCGCUUCUGUUGUAGUCAAUUCUGCUGUGCAGUCUUCUCUCAGACCUGAAAAGAUUGUAUUUCAUGUCAUUACUGACAAGAAGACUUAUUCUGGUAUGCACUCAUGGUUUGCACUAAAUUCUAUUGCACCUGCACUUGUUGAAGUGAAAGGCAUUCAUCAAUUUGACUGGUUAACAAGAGAAAACAUCCCGGUGCUUGAAGCUGUAGAAAACCAGAAUGGGAUAAGAAGUUACUACCAUGGGAAUCACAUUGUUGGUGCUAAUCUCAGUGAUACAACGCCACGGAUAUUUGCUUCAAAACUGCAGGCUAGAAGUCCAAAAUAUAUAUCCUUACUCAACCAUCUUCGCAUUUAUUUACCAGAGCUCUUCCCAAACUUGGAGAAGGUGGUUUUCUUAGAUGACGAUGUUGUGAUUCAGCGUGAUUUGUCUCCUCUAUGGGAUAUUGACCUUGAAGGAAAGGUAAAUGGAGCUGUGGAAACUUGUAAAGGUGAGGACGAGUGGGUAAUGUCUAAACGGUUCCGCAACUACUUUAAUUUCUCCCAUCCAGUUAUACAAAAGCAUUUAAAUCCUGAUGAAUGUGCUUGGGCCUAUGGGAUGAACGUCUUUGAUCUUCAUGCUUGGAGAAGGACAAAUAUAAGGGAAAUUUACCACUCAUGGCUGAGAAAGAAUCUGAUGUCAAACCUGACAAUGUGGAAGCUGGGAACCCUUCCCCCUGCUUUGAUUGCAUUUAGAGAUCAAGUUCAUCCUAUUGAUCCUUCAUGGCACAUGCUUGGCUUGGGCUAUCAGGAACAGACCGAUGUCGAGAAUGUGAAGAAUGCAGCAGUUAUCCACUACAAUGGGCAACAAAAACCGUGGUUGGAGAUUGGGUUUGAGCAUGUCCGACCCUUCUGGACCAAGUAUGUCAAUUACUCCAAUGAUUUUAUAAGAAACUGUCACAUCGUGGAAUCAUAGUCAAUUGUCAAAGAUGCAAAAGAAAGGGGGNAAAAAAAAAAAAAAAAAAAAAAAAAAAAAAAAAAAAAAAAAGAAUUGGUUGGGCAGAUGAGCAACAUUUUGCUCGUCCAGAAGGUUGCCCCAAUCCAUUCGUCUUGACUACGAUGAUGGACAUUUGCAUUCGUCUCGCAUCAGAUUCGAUCGUUCUUUCAGUUUGUAGCCAAUAGAAGCUCUUCCUUUUCAAUAUUUUUCGGGCACUGUUAUUGAGCUUGCUUCAUCAGGGGAUUGAGUUUAGUUCUCCUGGUUACCUUACCACUACUACUAAGUGGAAUAGAAAAAGAGGAUAUGAUAUAGUAAAGAAAAAGUUGAUUAUUGAUAUGCGUAUGAGGCUGUCAUGCCAUUAUAUAGGUGGUGCGCACAGAAGAAGAUCUAGGACAACCCUCCCUACUACAGACAACAUUCUUCCUGCCAGUUGCCUUUCUUUUUUCUGUUUGUUAGUCGUCUUCAUCUGAUGAUACCCACAUAAUAUAGUCAUUUUUUAGAAAGUAGGUUAUGGAAAACAUUUGCUCCUACAGGUCCCCAUUCAAUUGGAUUUUUCUUUUCUUUUUUUUAGGUUCAUUUCUCUAUUCGUUUUGUAAUAUUCAUGAUAUACAUCAAAAAAAAAAAAAAAAAUGCAGAAAAUUCUUUUUCUCCAUCU